UAACGUGAUUUCAACAAACUAAACUUUCCCAAUUGAUAAAUUGUUGAGAAAACGUUUUUUGGUUGUGAAAUGAUGAAGGUCAAUAACGGAAAAAUAAAGUUGUAUUGUCAAGAACAUGAGCAAAUUGAAGGUUGAAUCAGAUGUACAACUGAUUGCUCGCGUGCAAAAGAAAGACCAGAAGUUUGUGAAUACUACAUUGUCGGGACCUGAUCAUCAAUUGGAAAUUGCCGAAAUACAAAUUAGAAAUUUAAAAAACAGAUUAAUCAGGUUUGCAAAAGACGAUCAAAGGAAAGAUCGAUACAUAUUAUCACUCGAAACACAAGUUAAACAAUUAAACCAAAAAGUGGUCGACUUAAAAAAACAACUCGAAGAUUCUACCGCACUUGUCGAUCACACACGUGCGGAGCAAAAAAAGCAUGACAACUGUAAACUUCCGCCACAUUUUGACGAAGCUUUUUACGAUGUCCAAUCGAAAACGAAAACCACUCAAUCCAAGUUGUGCAUCAUACUGUAACAUCGCAAUAUCGUUCCCAGGGUUUAGGGGCUUCUAGGCUGUUAUUACGGAGCGGUCAACUUUUUGCCACUACAAACUUCAUCGAAAGGCAAAAUGCUAUGGGAAGGAGGUUGUGAACAUCGCUAUUCCAAUUUUGGAUCAAUUAAUUUUUUCGGAAGAAGAGGACAUGAAAACGCAUUAGAAGCGAGGUUGUAAAGAAAUUGACUCGUGCGAAAAAA